GCCAUAUAUGUAUAUAUAUAUUGUUAUAUCGUGCGUUUCCUAAAGAUGUGGAGUCUCAAAAAAUCUUAUCUGUGGUAUCUGGACUAUACCCCCACCCUGUUUGUCCCUGUGACCACGUGAUCUGCUUCAUUGUGCCAGAGAUGGUGUUAUUAUUAUAAAAUAGGAUUUUUAAACGGAAUUUUUUCGUGAAUUCGUGAUUGUUUGAUAUUAGUGGAAGUGUGAGAGGAGUCCAGAAGGAGAAAAUGACUGGAGGUCUUUUGAAAAAGGUGAUAGAGUCCAGGGGACUGAUGUCUGGAAUCAUCUCCAGGUGCUACAGUCUGUGGACACCUGAUUACCUAGACGCAAUGAAACCAAAAAUUCCCCAGUAUCCUGUUGUGACGAUCAGGAUGAGGGGAUACGAUUUUCCGAUUCUAGAGAAUUAUCAGAAAUUGGCGCAUAUUAUCGCCGUUAAUAUGGAUUUCGAGGUCGAUAAUAGUUAUGCAUUUCCCGCCAAAGACUCAAAAAUCCUGAGAUUCAAACCUCGAUCGACUGUCGCCGAGGCAGAAUACACCCUCCACUUCUACGAGAGAAACCUCAUCAUCAGUGACUUGUCAUCCCCAAAAUUUCCAGUUUACGUUAGAAUGCUGGAGGCCGCCCUUCCUGAGGGUGUCACCCUGAACGUCCAGGAGUGGUCGGCCCACAGAGAAGAAUUGCGCUUCGUCCCAGACAAACAAUUAAUGGACUUGAAAUCAGAGCUUCAGACCAUGCAGAGGCCCAAAAAAUCAUGAACUUAAGUAGAAAUAGAAAAACAUAAUUUAUAAAAUUCAGAGGUUGAUUAAAAAUUCUGAAAAUUUA